CCCCGGGGGGGUGUUUGAGAGGGGGCUGGGAUGGGGCGUAGCAGGGCCGGCCCCGUUCCCCGGGGUGUCUGCGAGUGCUAGAGCGGGACAGGAUCGAGAGAGCUCUCUUUGAAGAUACAUGGCUGGUACUACUCCAUACCCUCAGAAGCUGGAUAUUUGGUUUAUAAGUACUGAUAUGUUCCUGCUGAUCACUUCCCACCUGAAGUCCUAAUCUGUAGUGGCAUCAAAAUUGGUUGCUACGGAAUCAAGUGACAUGGAGAAAAUGUGUUUAAGAUGGUCCAUCCAGAAGAUUUGUUACUUUGUGAAGAUCUUGCUUUUGACUAAUAUGUAAAUACCAUGACAACUUCAAAUUGAAUUAUUUUUCUUGAAAUCGAGACUCAUCUGUUGCCUUCAUCAGAAAUGUUUUUAACAUUUUCAAGAAAAAACAUGUCCCAGAAACUGAGUUUGUUGUUGCUGGUGUUUGGAUUUAUUUGGGGCUUGAUGUUGCUGCGCUAUACUUUUCAGCAUCCAAGGCACCAAAGCAGUGCUGAAUUGCGGGAACAGAUACUAGACUUAAGUAAAAGAUAUGUGAAAGCCCUGGCAGAAGAAAAUAAGAACAUAAUGAACGGUGGUAAUGGAGCCUCAAUGGCAGGAUAUGCUGAUCUCAAAAGAACAAUUGCUGUUCUUCUGGAUGACAUCUUACAACGUCUGGUGAAAUUGGAAAACAAAGUUGACUACAUUGUUGUGAAUGGCUCAGCAACAAAUACCACCAAUGGAACCAGUGGUAAUCUGGUGCCAGUAACUACAAGUAAACGUGUAAAUGCAGCAAGCAAUAUUAGAUAACAUACAAGAUCACCUUAUGUUACUUUAUCUAUCAUAGAUUCGAUUUGAUUCAAGAAAAGCUUUUUACCUCUGGCUAGGCAAAGCAAUAGUUGACACUAACAUAUCGUACGCUGUUCUGCUAUAGAAUGUGCUGGGUACAUGCAGUCCCAACUUCUGUACAUAAGGUUCUCAAAGGAUUAAUUCGUUGCUUUCAGACAGUUCUGUUAAAGCAGUGCUGUACAAUAUUGUAUUUAAAGAUAUUCUGGUAACAUGGUUGGUGUAGUAUGCCAAAUGGGUGAUACUUUGUAAUGUUUAAAGUUAAACUAAAAUGAAAAAAUAUAUAUUCACUUCUAAAAUAUAUUUAUUUAAAUAAAAAUUUAACAUAUCUUUUUGGAUAGAUUGAUUAUAUAGCUUAAUCAUUUUUUGUGUGAUCUGUUUUAAACAGGUAACUAAGGAUAAUGUAAUGUUAGAAGAUGUAUAUUAUUUACAGUACAGUAUUUUGUUACUUAUUAAUUUGCUAGUGAUAUGUU